CCUGCUAUUGAUAUUAUGCAAGUAACACUAAGCCAUAAUAAUGAUCCUACAACUAAAAAAGAUGCACGACGUCUUAAACGAAUAAUGUUAACACCAAAUGAAUGGCAAUUAAUGGAUGAUUUGGUUAAAAUUUUACAGCCUUUUGCAAAUGCUACAAAAAUGCUUGGUGGAAGUAAAUACGCCACAAUGUCAUAUAUGUUUCCUGCAAUAUCUUCAUUAAAAAAAUUGCUUAAUGUUGAUACCAGUACUCAAAUUACAAUAGAUCUCGAUAGCUCAAACACUGCGUUUGAUGAUGAUUUAGAUUUACAAAAAUAG